AUGGCUAACCGAGUCCUCUCACCGAACAGGAUCCCUCGGUUUGAGUAUUUACAAUACAAGUCACAACAUCCGGAAUUGGAAAGCAGUGUCGUGUCCUCGGGCAUGAAUUCAACCAGCCCGCUAUCAGGGAAGUGUAACGAGAAAGAAGUGAUGCAUGGUUUGAAUGAUCGUCUUGCGGGUUUCGUAGAGAAUGUGCACCACCUGGAGCACCAGAAUCACCUGCUGGAGAGAGACAUUGGGGAGAUCAAGGGGAAAGCCCGACCCGCAUCUAUUUGUAAGGAGGAGUACGGACCAGAGCUUAGGAAACUGAGACAGCUGGUCCAGGAUAUCACUCAUCAGAAGCACCAGAUUGAACUCGAGCAUCAGCAUUUGGAGGAAGAGCUGUCCAAAUUGAGAGGACAACGUGAACAGGAGGCGCGUGGCAGAGCGGAUGCCGCGAGCAACAUUGUGGUUCUCAGGAGGGACAUCAACGGCGCGUAUCAGGCUAAACUCCAGCUGGACAAAAAAGCGCAGGCUCUCGUGGAUGAAAUCCUCUUCCUGAAGGGACACCACAAGGCCGAGGUGUCCGAGAUGUUUGACCAAAUCCAGAAUGCGCAAGUGACUGUCAAGGCGCAAGCAUUUGGCAACCCUGGCGUCACUGCGGCACUCCGCGACGUCAGGGCACAGCUGGAAGGUCAAACCGUGUCCGACGUCCAGCAGAUGGGAGAAACUUUCCGAUCUCAGUUUGCAAGAUUAACGGAGGCAGCUGAGCGCAAGAGCGAGGCAGUGAAAGCGACCCAGCAAGAGAUUCAGGAGCACAGGAGGCGCCUGCAGGCCAAGAACACCGAACUGGACUGUGCGCAGGGCACCAGAGAAGCGCUGGACACGCACCUCCAUGACGUCGAGGAUCACCACAAGGAAGAAAUUAUUCACUACCAGAACACAAUCAAAGAACUUGAAAACGAGCUCAUCAAUUGCCAAUUUGACAUGUCUGGUUACCUGCGAGAUUACCAGGACCUGUUAAAUGUGAAGAUGGCGUUGGAUGUUGAAAUACUGUCUUACAGGAAACUUCUCUGCGUCGAGGAGGCUCGGCUAUCCACGAUGUCCGACACCCACAUGUCCCUGCCCUACAUCUACCACCAGUCCCCCGUCUACACCCUGCCCCGCCUCAGUCGACCGGGAUGCCGGCACAGACGAGCCGAGCCGCAGUACAAGUUCGUAGAGGAGAUCAUAACGGAGACCACCAGGGAAAUUGAGAUGUCCGAAUUUGAAGAAGAGACAGCAUCGGAGGAGACAGAGAUGGGAAAAGAUGAGCAGCAGUUUACCAAAAGAGAUAGAGGGAUAGGCAGUGAGGAAGAGAAGGAUAAUACAGACAGUGGAGAAGAAGAAGGUGAGCAGAUGCCUGAUCGUGAGCAGAAUCAAGUAGCGUCAGUAGUGAAUUUAGUGGACGAUGAUGAUGAUGAUGAUGAUGAGACCCCUGGUGAGGUGGAUGAUGGUAAAAAUGGUCAAACAAGUAAAGAGUCAGAGGCGAGUGAAGUGGUUGAUAAGGCCCGCCCUCUUUGUGGUACAUAUACAGAUACUCAGAGCAAAGUUGUGUUAAGUGAGAGCCUGAAUGAGGAAAAACAUAAGCAAUAUCAAAAAGGAUCUGAAAACACGAAAGAAAAGAAGGAAGCUGCAGGGACAAUGGUUGAGAAAGAUCUCUCUGAUUUAAAGCCAGAGGUUUCUGGGGAGGAUGAACUUCUGAAAAAAGCUGAUUGUAAAAAAAAAAAGGAGAUGCUGAGAAAGAGUUUUAUCUCAACUCGAGGGAAUCAGCCGAUUAGCGAGAGCCCCACCCACGUGUGUAAAGAAUCGGACACGACUCGAGUGCGGGAUAAGUUCCCUGCUUCAGAAAAAGACAAUUAUAUAGCAGAGGCCACGGCCACUCUGUCCGUAAAAACAGAGCAGCUCUCAGAAAAAGCUCAAGUAUCUACAAGUGCGACAUCCUCGAGUGAGGACAAAGAAAAGAGUCAUGCAGAUCCGAAAGGAAUCAGUCAAUCUGAAGCUGCAGAGGGGGAGGAUAAAGUAGCAAAAGGCAUUCGAGAUGAUACAAAUAAAGAGCCUUCUCUUGAAGUGGCGGAUCAGGAGCCUAGCAGUAGGAAUAAAACCCAAACAGUCCAAACUGUGCUGCCGAGGGAAAAGACAACCGUCCAUUCAGAAGUCAAAGAGUUGCAUCAGGGGCCAUCGAAAGGAAGCUAGGCUCAGAAACCAGAGCGGUCUGAAAGUUCAGAGCAAAUACAGGAUCCUCAAGACUGAAAGGUGGAGGAGAGUAGUAAGUCAGAGAAAUAA